AUGGUGAUCGUGAUAAUGUGUCGAGUGAUGACGUAUCGGGACAGCACCAGCACGAAAAAACAGAAAAGGUAGUGUUAUGUGACCAGCACAAUGUGAAAUGGUUGAUGGAGCUGUACACGGUCACCGACUCAACCGAUCGGCGAGUCUUUCUCGCGCGGACCUUGUCCUUGUUGUUCAACAACACGACAGACGGUGGGAAAAACAGAAGCAUUCGACUCAUGAUCAGACGUACUGUAUACAGUACAGUAGCCUCUCAAAAUUCAUGUAUGAUGUCGCAGCAGCGGCUUUAACUUCGUUAAUCUAUUUGGCCAAAAGGUCGUCUGGUAGGUAAGCUGCCUGUAGAGAGCAUAACAUGUCUCCAGGAAAAUCUUUUGCUGCUAUCGACAUUGUAAUUGCAGCUCUCCCGUUCCAGCAACCCAUUGUCGACAAAACGACAAGUUUUGCUGCAACCUACCAGCCAUGAAGCAACUAUUUGGAACGUAAUUUACUUUUGCGCAAGAAAUUAUUUACUGGAACCUUUCGACUGCUUGAUGCAUUUGUCAAGAAAAAGAAAAAUAUCAGUCCGCACAGACAGUAUAGACACAGACAAGAGUGACCAUUUCGACGGCAUUUAGUCCGAUCAAAUGCUGUUGUCGCUACCUUGCAACGAAUGACUCAGCCUCUCGCGUGCUUGCAGGGCUACUCUGGGCUAGCUGCUGCUGUGACUUCGCCUCCAAAGCAGUAGAUACUCACUAAAGCGUAAAAAAGUUGAGAGCGUGAUAUAAGUUAGUCCUGCGGAACUUCCUGUGAUGUUUGACUUCAGAAUUAUACCGUGCUGGUGGUCAGCUCACUGUGUUUUCACAAAAGGCAUUACCACGUAUCGUAUCGCAUUAAAUGACUGACAUUGAGCUACUGGGGACUAUAAAAUGUUAGUAAGAGCAAUCGCCUUCGAAACUCACACAUAAUCAAAUAAAUAGCUCUUCAC